CUCACUUUCUUUUCUUCCAAACACAAUCACAAAUCGUUUUUCUUUUGCUUUUUCCCAGACUCUCUUUUCUCAUGAUCCAAACAGCAUUCCGCCCCUCCAAUUCAUUCUAAUUCCUUGUCAUCUUUCAAAAGAGAAAUGGAUCCAAUAUUCGAACCAAAAGCAGUUUUCAGCCGAAGCAAAAGCUGCAACAGCACCACCUCCAACAUCAACCACAUCAAUCUUAACAGCAACAACAACAAUGGCGGCGGCCAUAGCCAUAAAAGCAAGCUCACGAGAACCUUUCAGAAAGUCAUCAACCUAAAGCCCUCAACGAAAUUCUCUUCAAACAAUGGUAUUGGAAUCUGCGUUUUCCCAUCACAGAACAAAUUCGAGUGUUACAAUUCAAACCCGGAUCAGAAGAUCACUUCCCGUGGAAAUUCCAAGCAGAAAGCCGUGUUAGAAGCUUCGGUUGCAAAGAUUUUCGCUAGUGUUACGGCCAUCAAAGCUGCUUAUGCAGAGCUUCAAAUGGCGCAGAACCCGUACAACAAUGGCGCUAUCCAGGCUGCUGAUGAAUCCAUCGUUGAAGAACUGAGAACACUGUCGGAGCUAAAGAGAAAGUUCUUGAAGAAAGAGCUUGAUCUUUCACCCCAAAUCACUUUAAUGCUAGCAGAGAUUCAAGAACAGCAGAGCUUGAUGAAGACUUACGAGAUCACCAUCAAGAAACUGGAAUCCGACGUUGAAUCAAAAGGUUUAGAGAUUGAUUCACUCCUUAAUCAGUUCAAUGAUCGCCUUGCUUUCAACAAGUCUCCGGAGAGGAAAUUAAACGCUAGCGGGCCGUUAUCGAUGUUCGAUAACAUCAACAAGAUUUCAACGUUGAAUCCGAGUCAUUUCCUUCAAGUUUUGCAUAAAGCUUUGAGAUCGGUUCGUAGUUUCGUGAAAUUGAUGAUCAAGGAAAUGGAGUUAGCAAAUUGGGAUCUCGAUGCAGCGGCUAAAGCCAUUGAACCGGGUGCUGUUUUCGUUAAACAAAAGCAACGGUGCUUCGCGUUUGAAUCUUUUGUGUGUAGAACAGUGCUUGAAGGCUUCAAUCUCCAUGAUUUUGGCCUCGGCAAAGAGGUUAAACCCGGAAGAACAGACCCGGGAAAGCAUUUCAAUGAAUUCAAGGCCUUGAAAUCAGCAAAUCCAAAGCUGUUUUUAGCUCGAAAUCCAGAUUCUUCUUUCGGGAAAUUCAUUAGGACCAAGUAUCUCAACCUCGUUCAUGCAAAAAUGGAGUGUUCGUUCUUCGGGAAUUUGAACCAAAGGAAGAUUUUAAGCGCUAAUGGGUUCCCGGAUUCUGUUUUCUUUACGGCGUUUGCAGAGAUGGCGAAGAGAUUUUGGCUGUUGAAUUGCCUGGGAUUCUCAAUGAACCAAGAUAUUUCGGUCUUUGAAGUGAAGAGAAAUUGUCGAUUCUCGGAGGUUUAUAUGGAAAACGUGAGCGAUGAAUCUCUUUUUUCCGGUGAAUACAACGGCGGAGAAGUUGACAUCAGAGUCAGUUUCACCGUGGUUCCCGGAUUUAAGAUCGAUAAAACUGUAAUUCAAAGUCAAGUUUAUUUGUCGCCGGUGAUUACUCCUCCGGUGAGUCGUUGAUCCUUCUUUUUUAAAUUUAGAUGAAACGUUGUCAAGGUGAUAUUGGUUAGACGCGCUGCUAGGAUUACGGUGGUGGAGUGAGGUGGGAACAGCUGAUUGCUGUUUUCAAGUGGGGUUUUGAUGUGUUUUUAAACGGCGAGUGUAGUGGCGCGUGGGUUGUAUCACUACAGAGAAAGAUGAGGCGCAGCUAGGUUAUAAUUAGAACUAGAGAUUUUUCUUUUUUAUUUAGAGAAUUUAUGUAAUGUCAAAAAUACCCUGUUAAUUUAUAUAUAUAUAUAUAUAUGUAUAACACAUAAAAAAGGAUUAAUCCGGCAA